AGGAGUAACGAACCCUACCGCUAGACAUGGCGCUGUGGCCGCUGCUGCUCCUCACCCUGGGUGUGUGGCUGCUACUCCGCAAAUGGAAGCUUCUCAAAGUGGGCAUCAGCUUGCCCGGACCCUGGGCUUUUCCACUCCUGGGAAAUGCCCAAAUGGUGGGCAAACUAAAGCCGGAAUUCAUUUUUCUGGUUUUUACAGAGCUCAGGGAUCGCUUUGGGUCUACUUAUCGCCUCUGGCUGGGUCCCCAGUUGUGGGUGUUUUUACACUCGGCAGAGGAAACGCGUCAGGCUUUGCAUGAUCCCACGCUGCUCAAAGCUGAGACGUUUCUUCAACUGGAGCCGCUCAUAGGGAAUGGAUUGCUAAUCAGUCAUGGUGCCCAUUGGACCAGGCAACGUCGCCUCCUGACACCUGCCUUUCAGCCGCAAUUGUUAAGAUAUUUUGCCAAGGAUAUAGGCAAGCAUGUGGAUCGCUUGGUCAGUCGACUGGAGUCCACCAAAGGAGCCUGUUUGGAGGUGACGGAUCCCCUUUUUGCCUGCCUUCUGGAUGCUAUAGUGGAUACCUCCAUGGGCGCCCAGUUGGACACUCAGCUGAUGGAUCACUCACCCGCUAUCCAAGCUUUCCAUCUUAGCAGCAAGCUGCUGUUCAAGCGCAUGAUCAAUCCCCUGCUGUCCUCCGAUUGGAUCUUCCAGCGCACUCAACUCUGGCGGGAUCUCAGCGAGCAGCUGCAGGUGAUUCACAGCCUAAUGGAUCAGGUGAUUGAGCAGCGGGCCAAGAAGUUGGAGGAGCAGCAGAAAGAGCCUUCUGGCAAGUUGCAUCAUAAUCUCCUAGAUACACUGCUUCUGGCCAGAUUUGAAGAUCAACCGUUGAGCAGAAAGGAAAUUCGCGAUGAAAUCAACACUUUUGUGUUUGCAGGUGUGGACACUACGACGGCGGCCAUGUCAUUUGUCCUGUACGCUUUGGCCAAAUAUCCCGAGACCCAGUCACGCCUUCGGGAGGAACUCAAGCUGCACCAGUUGCCAAAGGAUGCUGACCUGGACUCGCUCAAUGAGCUGCCCUACCUGGAGGCUUUGAUCAAGGAGGUACUCCGCAUGUAUACCAUUGUGCCCACCACGGGACGCCAGACAACACGAACCACCGUCAUCGGUGGCAGGACAUAUUGUGCUGGGAUCACGCUCUGGAUCAAUAUGUAUGGACUGGCGCAUGAUUCACUCUACUAUCCGGAUCCGUAUGCCUUCAAGCCAGAGCGUUGGCUGGCGAGUGAGGGGGUUAAUCCACCGCCUGCCUUUAGUUACAUUCCCUUUUCUGGGGGACCGCACGUGUGCAUUGGUCGUAGGUACUCUCUGCUGCUGAUGAAACUGCUCACCGCCCGCCUGGUAAACGAGUUUGAUUUGCGGCUGAGCCCGGAAAAUGCGCCCCUCAAGCUGCAGGCCCAAAUGGUGCUGAAAGCUCGCGACGGCAUCAAUUUGUCUUUUGUGAAACGAUAAAGUCCGUUCAGGCCGGGCAAGGCAAGCCAUUUAUUGCAAUAUUGACUAGAAUAAUUAGAAUUUGCUUUUUUUUUUUGUAAUAUUUUUGAAUUUCAACAAUUUUUGAAAAAUUCAAAAUGGGCAGCAUUGAUCCAACGGUUAAAAUUGGCAUCAUUGACGAGCCUUUGUCCGAUUGUCCGAUUUCUUUUUUAUCCUAGGCGCAAACCCUUCAGUUUUUUUUUUUAUAAGCUUGAAAAUGGAAAUACAUCUUUUAGAAAUAUAUCUGCAA